GAUGAGCAAAAGUCAAACCAUUCAGGAAUUCGAUGAGAAUUUCUUCAGCAGCUUUGCUGUACCGAAAGUCAAGGACUAUUCGAGAUUAUCGAGCUCGCCGAGCAGAGACCAGCCGUGUGAGACGUCAUACUUCGAAAAUCACUUUCCAAGCCUGGAAUGCGACACGCCGGUCAAAAUGCAACUUCCCAAGACGAAGCGGGAAUCCGAUGAUGAUCUCCCAUCUCCAACUAUCGAUAAUCUUCUUUCGUCUUCAUCGGAAUCCACUGUAAUCAACGCAAGUCAAAAUGACAACACAGAAGAGAAGCAGCAGCAACCAAUCAGAGAACCACUCAAAAUCGUGCCAAACGAGGACGCAUCAGCUUCAGGAAGCGGUGGAGAAAAUCAGCUAAUCGAGGGACUUGAGAAAUUGUCAAUGUUUGCACCAAAAGCUCCAGAGGAACGUCUUUCGCAGCGUCGCCGUUCAGAGCAGAGAAAGAAAGAAGAGGAAGAUAAGAGGACAUCCGUCAUUGCUCCAGCGUCCGGAACUCGUUCUCGCUCGAUCAGCACGAAACGUUCAAUGUCGCGUGAGCCAGCUGCAGCAGCUCCACGAGCACCAUCUGUGCCACGUCCACCUCACAAUUCUGUCACUCGCACCAUCUCCGCGCCAAUUGCAAAUACCGGACCAGGUGUCAUUACUCGUGCGAUGGCUGCUCGUGUCGCUGAAAAUGUCACCAAAACAAGUGUUCGUCGAAGUGUUAUGCCUCUCAAAGUGGCUCAGAAAACGCCGGUUGCCGCAGUAAAAUCGGAUGCUGCUACUGCAGGAGGUGACAGAUCCCGUGACCGUACACGCCGUACCAAUACAACGGCUUCUCGUCGAAGUGUUUUCCCCAAUAAGCCUGCUGCUGCUGCAGCAAACACCACUCCAAUUGCUCCACCGCGGCGUUCGGCAUCGGCGAACAAGGCAACAGCGCCGACGUCGGUGAGCAAAUUGACGCCGAAGAUUCGUCCGAUUGCAACAGCCAAUCGCUCAUCGAUUCUUCGAAUGAAUGUUGUGAAGCCAACUGUUCCGGCUCCGGCUCCUGCUGAUGCUCAACAGAAUAAAGCGGCUUCACGUCCUGCUGUUCCAGCUGGUGGAGCAGCUCGUAACCGGCAGCCGCUUCGAGUCAACCCGGGAACUCCGAGCACAACGAUCAAGAAACCACCAGUGGCUUCAUCCGUACAACGCCAGCCGCCGACUCGAGCUCGGUCAGUGGACCGUUCUGGCCAACCUCCAAUUUCGGCUUCCACUCCAGGGAAAGCCUCCCGUGCUGACCUUUUCAACAGACUUGCCACACCAAAGGUUACUGCUACGCCAACGAGGACUUCACACGAGGGCCCAGCGUCGAGUAUCCGAAAAUCUGCUGUGCGCCCUGUGCCAUCAUAUGUGUACAGCUCCUACAAAGGAAUGCCAUCUGCCGGAGGUCUUCACGGAAUUCGUGCUCCAUCAAAGGAUCGUUCGACUCAGAAGCCACCAGCAGCAGCUUCUACUCCACAAUCGAAGCAGUAAACGAAUGUACAUAUGAUCGUUGUCGUAUUCCAAUGGGACCAGCUUCAUCUUCACCGCGAAAAUUAAUUUUAAAAAAAAUAUUUAUGAUGAUUCUCAUUGAUUUUUUUGUCUCAUCCCACCCCCUUAUACCGUAUUUUUUCUCUUCUUCAUAUCCAUAGUUUUUGUUGAGCUAUCUUUUCCCGUUCACCUUUUCGCGCGCGCGCACUGAUCUACUAGUGUUCAUUAUUUCUGACUAAUUCUGUAUAAUAGACCGGCCCCCACACACACAUGUUUACAAAAAAAACCGGAAGCCCACACACACACACACAGAUUUAUUCUUAUUAUUAUUAUACCUUUUCUUUAUCAUUCAAUCCAGUGAAAUUCACAUCCUUAUUGUUGUGUCUCCUCCACCCGCCCGCCCGCCCGCCCGCCCGCAAUGAACAUUU